UUCCACCUCCGAAGAGCUCGUUUAGCAUGCCCAAUAAUGCCCCCUCCACCAGCCCUUUUGCCAUUGGCGCCUCCCCGAACCCAAAUGCUACCACUGCCAGCCACGUCCCGCCCAACCUGGCCUUGCCGCCGUGGAGUGGCAACCUCCGGUCCCAGAACACUGACCCAGGCCGGGACAAUCACUCCCAGCUCUCGCCAGAGACAACAACCACCCUCCCAGGUUCUGGAACAGCCACGAUAUGGGAGUCAUCGGAGCCUCCAGAUGCGGCAAUGGCCCCCGUAGUAUGCUCGGAUGAGCUACAAACUAUAAGAGACGUCCGCAGUUUCUCCAUAAUGGAACCCACUCCAGCAGUUAAGACUGAAGCGCCCUCCCCAAUCCAGCAAAGCACGGUCUACAACGCCAGUUACGCCGACUGCAAGACGAAACUCGGCGGGCUAUACACGGAUGUCCAAUUCUCUUCCGCGGGGACCCUUUUGCAAGAGAACGUGGGGCUGCGGGAAGAGAUCGCGAGGCUGCUGCAAGAGAUCACGAGGCUGCUGCAAGAGAACGGGAGGGUGCAAGAGAAAGCGGGACUACAAGAGAUCGCGGGGCUGGAAGAGAUCGCGAGGCUGCGGGAAGAGAACGCGAGGCUGAAAGAGAAAAUUACGCGGGACCGCUGGCUGAAUGGAACUUUGAGGAACAGCGAGGAUACCACUGUUAAGCCAGAGCCGGAUAAGCUGCCAUACCUGUCCAGACUACCAGAACUUUCUGGAGCCGACCUACAACAAGGUUCCAAUUCCAUAGCGCAACCAUGGUGUCCUUCCGGUCCUUCCGCCGCUUUGUACCGGUUCCAGCCCUGUGCCAACUUCGAAAUAGACAGCAUUCGUUAUUGUGCGACAACAUUCUAUGAGGAGGAUUCCAUACUAAAGAUACUGAGGAUGUGUAAAAACUGCGGAUACCAAGAUUUAUUUCACGCGCCACCUAGUGCGCAGGUCUGAGCGAAUGCGGGUUCGGUUCUGGCGUAAUGGGAUAUCUCUCGGGCUGCUGAGUUCGAAAACAGUUCGCAGUUACAGCUGAUCUGGAAUUAGGGGUGGACCUUGGAGGCCCUGUCUAACUUUUAUUUUCCUAUGCUCUGACUCAGGUUGUAACAGCUACAACCUAGGAUCAACAACUCAUACGGUUCACGGUCACCUACGUACAGGCACUCCCCCCUUCUCAGCGUGGCGAGGUCCCCUGUUCAGCUACACCAGGGUCCUCUCAGCUGGGUCCAUUCCUUUCAGUUGGCCUCUAUUCAGCUGAGCUGAUAGACCUAGGUGGUGGGCCAUUUCCUAUAGUAUAUAUUCGGCCCGUACGGCCACGAGAAUACAAUCAGAGUUCACAUC